AUGGCUACUAAGCACCUCCACCCCACCAAGGCGCAACCCAGUACGGAGGUUAGUAGGAUCAUGAUGGUGUUGUGUUCUAAAAUAGCCAAACACAUUUUAGAACAAACCUGUACGGAUGAUGUCGCCGAGCCCUCCACUUCUUUCGCGUCGAUGCACAUCGCGGAAAGGGAAGACGCAAAACAGUCCAUCAUAGACACCAUCAACUCCUACGACGAUUUUCGCUUUCCAUCUCAAGGCACGAACUACGCCGACAUGUCCGAGAACGUGCGCAUAGAGGACUCCGUUGCCUCGGAGAUUUUAAACAAGACCCUGAAGUACGAGGAGCAGGAGUUCUACCGGCAGUACGACCUGAUGAACAGCCACGCGGGCAAGAUAGACAACAGGACGAAUUGCAUCAUCGAGCACAUCUCCGACCAGCUGGCUCACGAGUAUUCCUUGCCGGAAGUGUCCCACAUUCUGGAGGUGCACAUGGACGCCGCCGAGCAGAGAUGGCGCGCCGGCGAAUACGUCCCAUACGCUCUGCAAGAGAGUCCACCUGACUCUGAAGCGGAGAACGAAACGACGCUAAUACCCAGCCACGAGUCCACAUUUGAGGACACCCUAACCGAGGAAGUUAGAGACAAUGGCGAUGUGGAUGUGAACAAAGAAGCCGAACUGCCGCAAACGUCUGCGAUACCAGAAGUAGGUGGGAAAUCACCGAGAGUAGAGAAUCAGUGUGGUGAUUCAAACAUUAGAACUGGUACCGAACACGGGAUUGAUAGCGUGGUGGCGAAUGAAAACGAUGAGAUAUUCGAGGAUUGUGUCGAAUACACCGAGUCGAAACUGUAUCGCGCGAGGGAAGGGGUUGGAGAGGUGUUUGAACGUUCAGAGGAGACGUACACGCUGGAGAUGAAGAUAGCUCUAGGCGAUGAG